AUGCUUCUUACAAAUUCAAAUUUUUCAAUAAAAGAAGAUGAGGGUGAUGGAAAUUUAAAUACACCAACCGAUUUUCAAAUAAUUUUCAUACCAGAAAUAAAGGAUGAAAUAAUUGUAAACAAAUUUGAGCUAGAAGAAAAUUUACUUGAAAUAAAUGAGAAACAGAUUAACUCUACUGUAAAAAGUCUGCGAGAAGCUAGAAAACCCAUUAAAAUAAAUAAACAAAAGGAACUAGGUGCUGUCGAAAAACAAAAUCAUUCAACAGUCAAAAGAUUGAGAAAGGCUCGUAAGCCAAUUAAGUUCAAAUUACAAAACAAUGAAAUCACCGAAAUCAUAGAUAAUUUCCGAGGGCGAAUUGUGAAAAAAAUACGUAAAAAGAAAAAACAAAUUGAAGAAAACUUUCCAGAAAAUAAUAACAACGUAGAGGAGUCAGAAUUAAAACAAAAAAAGAAACGAUUUAAAAAUCAAAUUAAACCAGAAAGUUGUGUUGAAAUAGAACCCGAAAUUAUUGCCAGUUUGGAAAAUAAUGAAUUCUUUCAACAGUACAAUGAUUCAAUCAAAGGUUUUAAAUGUUGCCAAUGCGGAAAAAAGUUUCCUACUAACACAAAGUUACGUAUCCAUGAGCGUAUCCACACGGGAAACAAACCGUAUCAAUGUCGACAUUGUAACAAAACAUUUUCGAAUGAAAAUGCAUUACUAACACAUGAACCGGUCCAUUUACGUAAAACAGAUUUUCAAUGUCGUAUUUGUUUAAAAUAUUUUGCAACAAAUAGUAGUUUAAGUGCACAUGUUUAUACACACACGGGGGAAAAACAAUAUAUGUGUAGUGUGUGUGGAAAAUCGUUUGUGUUUGCAGCACAUUUAAAAAAUCAUGAAAAAAGUCAUCGAGAUUCAUCAUUAGUAUGUAUGGUAUGUGGGAAAAUGUUUAAAGAUAAAGGUACGUUGUCACGGCAUGUAAAAGCUCAUGCAGGAUUUAAAAGAUACCGCUGUAAAAUGUGUAUAGAACAAUUUUCAUCGUACAGUAGUUAUAAAGCACACGAAUUUAUUCAUACAGGUAUAAAACCAUUUAAAUGCCGGUAUUGUCCAAAAACUUUUUCUUAUAAAGCAAAUAUCAGUUCACAUGAGCGGGUUCAUACGGGGGAACGACCCUACAAAUGUAAGCAAUGUGAUAAAGCCUUUAUUGUGAAAGGAACAUUAAAACGGCAUGAAAAAUCACAUACGGGUGAAAAGAAUUACGCGUGUGAUGAGUGUGAUAAAUGUUUUUAUACACAAAGCCGGUUACUGGAACAUCAAAAUACACACAAAGGUGAGAAACCGUUUCGAUGUUCGAGUUGUUAUAAAGCAUUUACAUAUCGUACAAAUUUAAGCGCCCAUGUUCGUACUCAUAAUAAAAAUAAUAAUUUAGAUCAUCAAGUGAAAUCAUAUGGUGAGGAAUUCAAUAUACAAACACAAAUCGUAAGCCAUGAAUUUCAAAAUUUAUCUUCGGAUGCAAUAUUCAUUCCGCUAACUAUGCCUAGAACUAAUUAA